GAAGUGAUUGGCCUGUCGGAAAUUGAUUUUUAGUGACUGGUUAAUGGAUGCAAAACGUUGAACGCUUCAAGAUGAAAAAGUUUGCAGCAGACGCAGGCACACUAUUUAACAGAGCAGUGCAGUUUACAGAAGAGAAAUUGGGAUCAGCAGAAAAAACAGAAUUAGAUGCCCACUUUGAAAACCUUCUACAGAGAGCUGACAAAACUAAAUUAUGGACAGAACGAGUAUUGCGACAGACCGAAGCUGUUCUCCAGCCAAACCCAAAUAUAAGAAUGGAAGAUUUCUUUUACGAAAAAUUGGACAAAAAGAAACGAGACAGAAACAAUCACCAGGAACAGCUGGGCAAUGCGAUGGUAGAUGCAGGCAAUGACUAUGGCCCUGGGACAUCAUAUGGUAAUGCCUUGGUGAAGUCGGGUCAGACACAGAUUCAGAUAGGUAAUACUGAGCGGGAGUUCACCCAGGCCACAGUAAAUAACUUCCUACAGCCCCUCAAAAGCUUCCUGGAAGGUGACAUGAAAACCAUACAGAAAGAGAAAAAGAUUUUAGAGGUAAAACGAUUAGACUUAGAUGCUUCGAAAAACCGAUUGAGAAAAGCGAAAUCUACAGCAAGUCAACAACAGCCUAACUCCACUACCAACACCCUGACCCUCGUAGAGGAUGACGUCAUUGCCCGAGCUGAAGCUGACUUGCGCGUGGCUCAGGCAGAGUUUGACAGACAGGCAGAGAUCACCAAGCUGUUGUUAGAGGGUGUCAGCAGUGCCCAUGCUCACCACUUACGGUGUCUGAAUGACUUUAUCGAGGCGCAGACAACCUACUACGCCCAAUGUCUGAAGUACAUGCAGGACCUGCAGAGGCAGCUCGGAAGUAGUUCGGAGGGGGAGUCGAGUUACAGUGUCGGUGGUGGAAACACUGCGCCAAAUACCUUGGGUCCAGGUAUAUCAAAUAACUAUUCCACCGAUCCCAUGAUACCUAGUGCACCUCCCAUGAUACAGGUCAUAGCUGCUACUCCAAACACAGAGAAAAAACAAGCCCGUGUUCUUUAUGACUACGACUCGGCCGAUAGCUCAGAGCUCUCCCUAUUGGCUGAUGAGCUAAUAACAGUGUAUCGACUUCCGAAUUUGGAUCCUGAUUGGUUAAUGGCAGAAAGAGGCCCUCAGAAGGGAAAAGUACCAAGUACAUAUUUGGAAGUAUUAGAAUGAUGGUACCUCUGUGAAUAGCUGGACUUUCUAUAAAAUGACAACUCCGUUUUCACAAUAUUGAUUGUUAUAGAAUGGUUUUUAACCAUUUGGAAUCAAGUUCUCCACACAUAAACUCUCCCAUGUUUUUAGCUAUCUUCACGGUUUUACAUUAUGACGUUUUUUCCAGUAUGUAAAUGUUUGUUGACUAAGUUGAUUGGUAUAGAUACGCAUGGACUGAAACCAUGCACAUGAUUUAUAAUUAUACAUGUACAAACGUAGAUGAUUUCAUAAAUUUUAUCCAUUGAAUCAGUCUAUAUGUAUAUCAAGAAAUAAUUUGAACACAAUAUCAUGUGCAUAAAAUAUCAUGUGCAUAAAAUAUCAUGUGCAUCAAACAUUUUUCUGACACUGAUUUUCCUCAUAAUGCAUGAUUUGAGUGGCGUAACUGGAUUACUUUGGUAUACAGAGGUAAGGUAGAUAAACCUGCAAUAAGUUAAGAUUUAUGAUCUUUAAAUGAGGGAAACCAACUGUAUGAACAUCAAGCUGUUUUCAAAAAUAGCACCUGAGUAUUUCAGCAUUAGUUUCCUUUGUGUACAAGGGUGUCAUAGCUUACAAGCUUUCUGAUGAGGGUAUCUCCAAGACGUGAACGCAAGCCUCUAGAGGAUCAAGAUUUUUGGUUUUAGUCUGGUGAAGGCGUACAUUCUUAUUUCAGUGUUGAUUUAAUUUCUUUGUUUUAAUGCUUUAAGCUUAAUUCUUAAUGAAAAAUGAAUUUUUAAAUUUUACGUCUGUUGAAAACAGAUAAUAUAAAGUGUAUAAAACAUGUUUAAAAUGACUAAGUAUAGAUGAUGUGGAUGUUUAGGGUUUUAUAGCUUCCUGCUUUUGAUAAAAACAUUGGUGCCACUUAAAAAACGUUGAUCAGUAAUGAAUGCUUUUUAACUUUUUAUCAUAUUUGUUCAGAUGUCCUAUACCAUUAAAUGUUGCUUACUGUGAUUAAAACAACUAUGAGUUCAGAAAAGAACCUUAUGUUUAUAGGCAAAAAACUUGUUUAAAACUUAGAUUACUUUAAAUACAUAGAUCUGUUGAUUUUAUAAUCACAAUUAUUGUUUCAAAGUUAUGAAAAUAUGAUGUCACUGAUACUGUCACUGAUAAUAAUGGUAUAAUGGGCAUAUUUUAUAUCCCUGUUGUUUAAGACAGUUAUUUAUCAAAUAUUGAAGUUGUGAUACAAUACUGAUUCAUUAAAAAGCAGUGCAUUCCAUAUAAAUAUAGUAAGUAGGAUACCCAGGGUAUUAUAGUUACCGACGAAUAUGGCCAGUUCAGCUGAAACACCUUGUGACAAAGACAUCCAGCAAAUGAUAAUCUAACCAAAAUAAAUUCUAUGUAAUGCAUACAUGCUUCAUUCUAUGUAAUGCCUAUGUGUUUCUUACUGUAGUACAACCCCAUGCAGACCAAAUCACCAUGGUAUUCAAGAUUAUUUAUUUUCUAUUGAUAUUUUUUUCUAAAUAAAAUUCUGAAAAAGUUUAUCACAAUAUUUGAUGUUAAAACUUUUGUUUGAAUGAUGAAUGGACCAUUUCAAAUAGUACAACUUGUUAUUUUAGGGAAGUGUCAUUAAAAUUGGAACAAAAAAGGUAAUUGUUGAUUUAUCACAUGUACAAUGUGUCCAGGACAUCUCUCGUAAAUCAUGUCACCUACAAUUGGCAAUUUAUUUUGAAUGCGACUACAUCUUCAGAUGAUGGAUCAAGUGUCACAUACUAAAACUAUAUACAGAGUAUUACAUACUAAAUAAGGUAUUUUGCCCCCUAUUUUCAGAUUAUGGCCCUUUGUUUACUGGAAAUCAUUUAUCUCUUGUAAUGUGUCAGCUUCAAUAACCAAUUUUGUUAUGCUAGUACCUAUUGGGAUUGUAGAGUGUCACACUCAGGAAUAAAGUUUUGUGUCCAACUGUAUACAGAGUUAUGGUCCUUUGUACAUUUUCAAUACCAAAAUUUUCCCAGAAAUGAGUGACCAUGGAAUGCUCUCAAUACAUGGUCUUGUUUUCAGUGAUUUGUUUAUUUGAUGCAUUUUUGAUGUCUCCUUCCCUCUUAAAAAAAAAUAAUUACAACAACAAACAACAAAAAUGUAACAAUAAGCAUAGGCAAAACAUAAUCACGCGUGACUCAAACGUGAAAACUUGACAUCUCAAACUGUAGCUAACAAAAUUGCUCUAAUUGUUGAAAAUGCUGGCACUUUUGAAGUAGUCUAUUCAUAAGAAUGAUGUUUUUGAUAUGUAACACUAAAAAAAAUAAAACUGUCCAACAAUUACAUAUUGUAUUUACCAGAGUUUAUGGUGCAUGGUACUUUGUUUUGCAUGUUGUCAGAAAAACAUGUGCAUAUUAGUUGAUAUACAUAUAUAAAUAUACUGACAUUGGAAAAGAAAUAAAACUUUAAGGACCAUGUGUUGUUCAAUUAGCAUGUGACAUUUUACCGUUGGUGUCAAAACUAUUAUACAAAAUAAUAAAUGUUUAACUACAGUAUAUAUAACUCACAUUUCCUCAUGUUUCACUGUAUAUAGCUUACAUAUCCCCAUGCUUUUACUAUUUAUGAAGCUCACAGUUCCCUGUGUUUCCUGUAUAUAGAUCACAAGUCCCUGCGUUUGCCUAGAUAUAGCUCAUAGGUCACUGUUUUACUAUUUACAUGAAUCACAGGUCCCUUUGAUUCCUAUGCGAGAAUUAUAGCUGUGCACAUCUGAUUCUGGUCAGGUGAGAAAUAUCAUUACAACAUUGAGUUUGAAUGAAUGAAAUAUUUCAUAAUUGUAAAUAGGACUUUCUCAUUAAUUUACACUAAUAAUUGUUUUUUGUCGGUAGAACAUGGAGAGAAUGACUAUGAUAUUUAACUGCAGUUGGCAUGGGUAGAGAUUGACUAUAUGUUCCACUGUACCCCACAGAAUACAGAGAACGUGAGUGAUAAUAUACCCUGACUGACUGUAUGUUACCAGGUUCUCUAAAUAAAUACGCUGUAUAUUAACUCGGUUUCAGAAAUAAGUUAGUUUAACAUAUACAUCCCCAAUAUACAUGUAAUACACAUACACUUCCAUUUACACACAUGGACAAGUGUUGCACAAAGAUUACACACAUGGACAAGUGUUGCACAACAAUUACACACAUGGACAAGUGUUGUACAAAUAGGAUUACAGAGGUGUUGGAAUUGCAAUUAGAAUGUUGAUUUUUUUUGUACGUGUUAAUAUCUGGUGUGUUUAUAAAGCACAUACUAAGUCACUACAGUGUAGUUAGGGUGAACGUGUGACCACACCCCAUGUCACAUGGUUACAUGUCUAGUGUUGUCACUUGAUGGUCGAGAGCUGGUGUGGCUUUGUAGACAUAGAAUAAACAAGAAAAAAUUGAUGCAUUUCUUAAUAAAAAUUAUCUUUCUAGCCAUCUCAGAAACCAGCUCCCUCUGUCUGAUCACAGUUUCGUUUCAGGUUUCUCAAUAUACACCCACAUAUUUUGAAAAAUGGAUCUGGUUUCCAUGUCUUACCUUUAACGAGCUGUAAGUACAGGUAGCUUGAAUUCACUUAAAAUUAACACAUCCUUCUUACCAUUGCCUUAGGUUUACAGGAGACAAUAUAAACAGUUUAAUAUGUUGCUUAUAGGCCAUACGAUCAGCUUUGUCUUCAAAAUUAGUCUUUCUAUUACAUUUGUCAAGCUUGCCUGCAUGGAUAGUUUCUGCUGUCGACCAAAAUUAUGUUUUCUCUUAUUUACAUUGUAAACAUGACAUGAUGUAUGCUCUGUCAUAACCAACCUACAUAUGUAAGUCAUAACCGACCUACAUACAUAAGUCAUAUCCGACCUACAUAUGUAAGUCAUAACCGACAUACAUAUGUAAGUUAUGACAUUUUGCCAAUAUACUUUAUGGAAAAUGUCACAGCUAGCAUACAUAGUGUUGCAGAAGUAAUAUUAUAACUGGCAUACAUUGUAUAAGUUAUGUCAGCUAGCAUCCUUUGUAUAAGUAAUGUCAUCACUGGCAUUCUUUCUAUAAACUGUCAUGGUUGGCAAACAUUGUUCAAGUUAUUUUUAACUGACAUAUAAUGUAUAAACUAUGCUACAUUAAGCCUACAAAUAUUUGCUGUUAGCACUAGCAUAUCACACAGUAAUUGGUCCUAGUAAGGUUGUAGAUCCAUCAAUGACGGUGGAAGUUUAGGUUACACAACGCAAUAGCAAUGAGAUUUAUCUGCAAUCCCCUGUACAUUACCCUAGUAGGCACCAGCCCAGGACUGUACCACGAUAUUCUCUGUAUAUAGGGUCAAAGUAUAGUCAACCCUCAAAUAAACUUUAUAAAACAAUUACA